UAAACUGAUGUGUACAUAUUUGCAAAUGGUGUAGAUUUUGCUACAUUUAAUUAUAAAAAUAAACACUUUUGGAAACUAUAACACUGUGGCUGAGCCUCAGUGUGUCUUCAGUACGGUUUGAAUUCCGUCGCAUAUACGUGGUCAAACGGAACAUUUCGACGGUGCAAUAUUCAAAAGGGUGUUAUUUGUGAUAAAGAUUUUGAAAGUUGUGCUCAUUUAUUGUGAGAUUUGGUUGAAUUGAUAAAAACAAAACUACUCAACUCAUUCAUCAUGGUAACGGCUCCGCCUUCAGCACGCAUUGAUCCCGUCACACAAUGUCUUGGAAAUUUCGGAAAAUGGCAACUCAGUGCUAUGCUCAUUAUUUUUCUAUGUAAAGUUCCUACAAGUUGGUUCAUGGCAAUCGUACUUUUCUCCGCUUCGUCGCCAAAUCCAGGAGAUUUUUGGUGUACACCACCAGCAAAUUUAACAGCAGAAUUUGAAAAAGAUUGGAUUGCCAGAGCACAUGCAAUUAAAAUGGAUCAUCAUAAUCAUCCGAAAAUUAACUAUUGUGAAGUGUAUACGGAGUAUUGGGAAAAUCCACUGAAAUACUUCGGACCAAAUCAUACGACAAUCGAUACGAAACAUUUACCAACGAGAAAAUGUACAAACUAUACAUUUAAUCCGAAAUUUCAUUCAUUGGUGGCCGAUUUUGGUCUAAUUUGUGGUCGCGAACUGUUGGUGCCAUUAAGUCAAUGCUUUCAUAUAUUUGGUCUGCUGGUUGGGGGCAUUAUUGCCUAUUUCAUGCUGAAACACAUAAGCCCCAGAAAUGUAAUGAUAAUGGGAAUAUCAGCGCAAAUAAUUUUCGGAAAUUUGCUCGGUUUUAUCCGAACAUACGAGGCUCAUGUGAUUUUCCGUUGGCUCACCGCUGCUUCAUGUGCCUUAAUGUACACAUCUGGAUCAAUGAUAUUUGUUGACAUAACCAAUGGUGCGGCGAAGACAAUUACCUCACUGGUUUUCGAAUUCUUUUGGUCAAUUGGUUUAAUCUUGUUGCCCAUAUUCAAUGUAUUCAUUGAAGACUGGUGGAAAUUGUACUACGCCAUUUCGAUGCCGACGAUUUUUUUGAUUUUUCUUAUCAAACACCUCCCAGAUAGUCCACGGUGGAUGCUACGUCAUGGUCAUAUCGAUGAAGCUCGACAAAUCCUAACCGAAGGUGGAAAUAAAAAUAAACGACGUGUGCCAAUCAAUUUGGAAGAGUUGCUAAAAACCGAUUACAACUCUGGAGCGGCAGAUCCACCUCAAGCCAGUUGGUGUUCAAUUUGGGAUGGGCAACCGUCAAAAAUUUACAUAUUAGCUGUUCAUUUUGCGUGGUCGAUUUAUAUUUUGAACUUCAACUGUGUGAUUUUAAACAUUCGUGCCUAUGGCAGAGAUCAUCUAUCGGUGAAUACGGUUGCAAUAGGACUUAGCGAAAUUGUGGGUGUUUUUAUUGGGAUUUACAUCGUUCUGUACACAUCACGAAGAUGGCUAUGGGCGGGUGCUUGUGGUGUAGGCUCCGGUUGCUUGGGCUUCUUAGCUUGGUACAUUCCAAAAACUUUGAAAGCGUCGCAUUUGGUUGCUUUGGAGAUGGCACCAACGUUAGCAAUCAAAACGGCCACGUCGAUCGGUAUGUGCGUGUUAACGGUGUGCACAGUUGAAUUAGUGUGUGCCGAACGGAAGAAGAUUCUAAUGUUCUCGUCGACUGUUUGGGCUCGUGCAUGGUUUGUGUGGGCACCUUUCAUCUAUGUACUUAGAAUAUAUGAUGUGGUUCUACCGCUAAUCGUAUUUGCCACGUUAAGUGUUGUCGGUGGCAUAUUGAUGGUUAUCAUUCAUCAAAAUCAAUACAGUGUCUAUUUGAAAGAUUGUGAAGCUCGCGUUCAAGCCAUGAGAGCGGUUAGAUCAAUAUCGAAUGCCGGAUUGGAUUGGAUUAAAAGAAGAAGUUCUGUGUUUGACGUUGAGGAGGUUCGUCGAAAAUCUACGGUCUUCGAAGCAGAAGAAUCUCGAAGGAAGUCGCUGUAUGCUCAAGACCCAGCCGCCCAACUAUUGUGAUUUUUCUCUAUUUUUCAACGCUAAUUUUUAACUAGAUGAUUGGCUAAAUCGUUCCUUCCAAAUCUUCAAAGUAUUUAUUUAUCAACAGCUGCCGGAAAAGCAUAGAUUACACAAAUGGACCGGCAAUAUUAUUAAACACUAACUUAUUUUUAUAAUAAAGCCAAUAAAUUCACGAAUUGAAUCAA